UCCAUGUCUCGCAUUACUGAUGCUUUUUGGGAAAAAAGGACUUUGUAUCCUGGAUAUAAAUUUUAAACCUAGGAAGUAAAAAUGAUUUUGAAGCUUAUUAAGAAAAUAGUUUUCCUAUCUGUGACUAUGCUUGGCGUUCUGGGGAACAUUUCUGUUUCUGUGAACUACAUGUUCAGCUGGUUGGGAGGCCCUGAGAAGAAACCUAUACACCUGAUUCUCAUCCACUUGGCUUUUACAAACAUCAUAAUCCUUCUUGCAAGAGGAUUGCCAAAAACAACUGUAGCUCUUGGUUUGAGAAACUUCCUAGAUGACAUAGGCUGUAAGAUCAUUAUUUACCUGGAGAGGGUGGCCCGUGGUGUCUCCAUCUGCACCAGCAGUCUCCUCACUGUGGUCCAGGCCAUCAUCAUCAGUCCCAGAGCAUCUAUGUGGAGGAGGCUCAGGCCAAUGUCUGCAUGGCACAUCCUUCCAUUCUUCACAGUCUUUUGGAUACUCAAUUCUUUAAUAGGUGUGAAUCUUAUCCAUUCCACCACAAGUAUAGGUCUGAAUGUAUCACAACAUAUGAUUGGUGAGAAUUAUUGUUAUUUCAUGCUAGAAAGUCAGACAAUAAGAUGGAUUAUUCUCCCUCUCAUGGUCCUGAGAGAUGCAGUGUUCCAGGGCGCCAUGGGAGGGGCCAGUGGCUACAUGGUGUUUCUUCUCCACAAGCACCACCAGCAUGUCCUCCACCUUCAGAACUCCAAGCUUCUCUACAGAACUCCCCCUGAGCUGAGAGCUGCUCAGAGUGUCCUCCUUCUGAUGCUCUGCUUUGUUUUCUUCUACUGGACAGAUUGUGUCUUUUCACUACUUCUAAGUCUCUCUUCAAGGGACAAUACCUUGCUGUUAAAUACACAAGGCCUUCUGACGCUUGGUUAUGCAAUGUUCAGCCCCCUUGUGCUGAUUCACAGGGAUGGGCUUCUGAAUAAGUCUUGGUAUGCUCAGUGGUUGAAAUGGAGAAAGUGUGUCCCACAUUUAUCUCUUCAGUAA